AUGUCCGCCAUGGACUGCGGCACCGCUAAAAUGCCUGCCAGCGCGUGCUUGCCGGCUCGAAUUCAAACUCAUAUCAGGAACCAGGGCUCUCAUUCGUCUUCUUUGAGCCAUGAUGCCAUGACUUAUGAGGAACCUAUUCCAUCGCCACGGAGAUGGUCGCCUACAUAUCAACCACGACGGAGAAGCAGACAAAUCCCACCGCCACUCUCGUUCGCACAGUCUCCGGCACUACCCCGACUGGAAACAUUAGAACUUCCAGCAACACUACCUCGUCGACCAGGGGAUCGCGGCCCCAUAAUAUCGCCAUUUCGGUCGGUGCGCCGAAUGAAAGAGCCUUUUCAAUUGAUGCUACCCAGCUCGCCGGCAUCUGCUUCCUCACCAGUGUCAACAUCCUGUGACGGCGCACCGCCAUUUGCUCCUAGAUCCAUCAGAUCGUCCAAGGCGCCGGCCGGUCAUACUCUGCGAACGUGGCGGUCGGACCAGAACCUAACAUCAGCAAGCAUGGCUGCAUUUGGUCUGCUUCCCAGUCCUCCAAUUUCCGAAUCUAGACUUGCAAGCACGGGCCCCGAAUCGUCGUACUUUGAUUCUAAGAGUGACGAGAAGGCCGAGACUGAGAGCAUCGCGAGUGCUCCAGAUCCCCCGGAUGAUUUGCUAGAAGACGUUCCUCUCGAGAGCCACGAAGACGACAAGCUCUCUUAUCAAGUCUACCGACCUCCCGGGUGGCAGGAACCCCCGAUAGAACAACGGCGAACAGAUGUUACAAAUGUCCAUGAGGCACAUUCAAAUCUCAUUCGACAGUGCAAAAACGCAAACGAAAUCAACUCCACAGACAGGAAGCCCGACAAACCGCCCGUGACGGUUACUUCACCUAAGUCGGUGCCUAGCACUACGGAGCCAAUGCCAGAAGGCUCUCCCAGACCUCAACGGCCAAGAACCACGACUGUUUCAAGCGAAGCGAGUUGGAUUCCAAGCAACUUCUCUUACUGUGAGACAUGGCUACAAGGAGUACCUUUGGAUACCCUCAAUGAUAAAAACAACAAUCCCAAAGAGUUUAAUCGUCGAAAAUUCCAGAUUGUGGAAAAGGAUCCGCCAAUGCCGAAGCCUGAGGUAAUUCCCGGAGCGCGGGCUCUAGAUGAACCAGUUAGAUUUGCUGUCGCUAGCAAACCAAAACUUGUUCAGAUCGCUCGGCAGUCGUCUCCGUCUAUAGCUCCCUCGCCAUCUAUAGCUCCGCCCCCGUCUCUAGUGCCACAGAACGUCGCUGUUCCGAUGACACCGGAUCACCGUCAAGAAGUGUCCGCUUUUAGUCCAGACACUCCACUUGAGAUGUCUGACAGCGGUUACGGUACACGGGAAUCCGGUUAUUCCAUGGACAGCUAUCCGGACAGCAAAGAUGACGACGCCUACACUGAUCCAGGGUCUUUGACAUCCGAUAGCGUGACUUCCACUGUUAUUGGUGAACAGCCGGACUUUGCGCAGGGAGAGCGCGAGGCAUCACCACAGCCAGAAAUCCGAUCGGGCAGCGUUAGCCCUAAAGCCUCACUGCCCUGUCAUUCUCCUCGGCAGCCCUCACAUACCUCCGAUGAUGAUAAAGGAGAAAAACAGCGUGUAUGGGACCAUGAGUGGACUGUUGAUGACCAUGAAUGGACUCUGGAUGAGCUCGACCAUUCCGUUAAGGACUUUCCUCGUCACAUGCUGCGCCUUACAUCGCCUGUCAUCGUUUUUCUACGAAAGAAUGACGAAAAGACUCUUCUACGCCCUUUUCGAACUAUUUUCCCUCAAGUUGCAGAGAACCUACUCGACUGUCUCUGUGCCGCACUCCUUGCACGAAAUUACCUUCUUUCCUUAGCCACUAUCCACAGACGUAAGCCGUCUAUCUCAGCCAGAAAUGAUGCCUAUGCAGUGGACGGCAUUCCAACCAAGGCGUAUUCUACGCUUGGCAUCCAAAUUCCCACCGCCUCUCCAGGCCGAAUCAGUAAACGAGCUCUCGGCUCUCGCUCUUCAGAGCUUUGUCGUGAUGUCGAGCGCAUCGUGGACAACCUACUGUUCGCUAUUUGCGGGCGUUCAGAUAGCACUUUGAAAUCUGCCGUUGAGGUCUUGGCUCAAGUUCUCGAGCACAACUUUCAUUGA